CAGCUUGGAUAUUCUCCUUCACACGCAAACUCUAAAAAAUCACAGAGAGAGCGUGAAAAGAGAAUGGCAUUCUCAACCUUUGUCCACCUCAAACCAAUUUGCUUCCCUGCUCGCCAAUUCAAUCAACGCUCACUCCAUACUAUCAAAACCUUCACAACUCUUCCCUCAUACCCCAACCCAUUUCCCAGAAUGUUUCAUCAUCAACCUCCCAAUGCAGCGUCAAUGCAAGCAGUAUUCAAGCUGAUCCAGUCUGCACCGCCCACUUGGCACUCUGCUCUCCUCAACAACCUCAUCAUCUUCGUUCUGGGUACUCCAAUUCUGGUCUCCGGUCUCUCAGUUUCAGGCAUUGUGGCUGCUUUUGCAUUGGGUACUCUCACUUGGCGCGCUUUCGGCCCCUCUGGUUUCCUCCUCGUUGCCUCUUACUUUGUUAUCGGCACUGCAGUUACGAAAGUGAAAAUGGCGCAGAAGGAAGCACAGGGCGUGGCUGAGAAGAGGAGGGGAAGAAGGGGGCCAGGCAGUGUGAUCGGUUCGAGUGCUGCUGGCUGUGUCUGUGCGUUUCUCUCCAUUUAUGGGGUUGGAGGAGCGGCCUUUUCUCGACUGUGGGAGCUUGGAUUUGUGGCCAGUUUCUGUACUAAGUUAAGUGAUACGGUGUCAAGUGAGAUAGGCAAGGCUUAUGGCCAAAUUACGUACCUUGUUACGACGUUUAAGGUUGUUCCAAAGGGGACGGAAGGGGCUGUAAGUGUUGAGGGAACACUGGCUGGUUUGCUGGCAUCGAUUCUUCUUGCCUCCAUUGGUUGUUUCAUGGGUGAGAUACGUCCACCUGAAACAGUUGUGUGCGUGAUAGCUUCCCAGAUAGCUAAUUUCGGAGAGAGCAUAAUAGGUGCAACAUUCCAAGAGAAGGAAGGAUUUCGAUGGCUCAACAAUGAUAUUGUCAAUGUCAUCAACAUAUCCAUCGGAAGCAUAUUGGCAGUCGUAAUGCAGCAACUUAUACUCCACAAGUAAUCCUGGAUUUACAAUGCGGCAGCCGCUUUAACAUUGUCAAUAAAUUGCACAGUUAUGCUCCUCCAAAGAUCCCGGAUUAUGGUAGAUGGGUUCUUGUUGCACAUCAAAGACUACCAUUUUCAUCCGCUCUUACUUGGAAAAACUGAAGGAGCUUGAUCUUCAUCAGUUGUAAAAGAGUCAUACAAUUGCCUGUACUAGUUGUAGUAGCUGACAUUGGACUCAAUGAAUGGAUAAGGUUCUUCAAAGAAAGUUUUUUUUUUAAA